UUUGUCUGGUUUAUUCCCACAACUCCACCAUAUAUGCGUACGUCGUGACGUCAGACGUACAAAGCAAAGCGUGUGCGCACACCUCCUGAAGUCUUGAACUGGCAUCAAGCAGCAAAAAUGUUCCGACCCAAGCCCACACUGAAGGACAGACAGCACCUCUACAGGCUGAUCAUCAGCCAGCUGCUGUAUGACGGCUACACCGCCAUCGCCAACAGCCUGAUCAGUGAGGUGAAGCCCCAGAGUGUGGUGUCUCCAUCAGAGCAGCUCAUGCAGCUGGCCAAGACAGGAAUGGAGAACGAUGACAGUGCGGUACAGUACGCCAUUGGCCGCUCGGACACCGUGGCGCCCGGUGUGGGCAUCGACCUGGAAUUUGAUGCAGACGUGCAAACCAUGUCCCCAGAAGCAUCAGAGUAUGAGACCUGCUAUGUGACGUCUCAUAAGGGGCCGUGCCGUGUGGCCACCUACAGCCGCGAUGGGCAGCUCAUAGCCACGGGCUCCGCUGACGCCUCCAUUAAGAUCCUGGAUACUGAGCGCAUGCUGGCCAAAAGCGCCAUGCCUCUUGAGGUGAUGAUGAACGAAACAGCCCAGCAGAACAUGGAGAACCACCCUGUAAUCAGAACCUUGUAUGAUCAUGUGGAUGAGGUCACAUGCCUCGCUUUUCACCCGACCGAGCAGAUCUUAGCCUCUGGCUCUCGUGAUUACACCCUCAAACUCUUUGAUUAUUCAAAGCCAUCUGCAAAAAGAGCCUUCAAGCACAUACAGGAAGCUGAAAUGUUGCGCUCCAUCUCCUUCCAUCCAUCUGGGGAUUUCUUACUAGUCGGCACGCAACACCCAACCUUGCGUCUUUAUGACGUUAACACUUUCCAGUGUUUUGUGUCCUGCAACCCUCUGGACCAGCACACAGACAGCAUCUGCGGAGUCUGUUACAAUCCCAGCGCUAACAGCUACGUCACCUGUAGCAAAGACGGCAGCAUCAAGUUGUGGGAUGGAGUGUCGAACCGGUGCGUAACCACCUUUGAGAAAGCCCACGACGGCGCUGAGGUCUGCUCGGCUGUUUUCUCCAAGAACUCCAAGUAUAUUUUGUCCAGCGGGAAGGACUCUGUUGCUAAACUCUGGGAAAUUUCUACAGGCCGGACUUUGGUCAAGUACACAGGUAAGAUGGAGAAUUAUGAGUAGGUUUAGAUUAUAGAUUAC